CUACGGUGCUCAUGUUGGAUGAAAACAAAAUGCCACCAGUGCGGGAAUCCGAGGCGCGACAAUUCUAAAUUCACUUACUCACAAUUCCUGAACUUAUAGUAAUGAAAUAAUCAUCUCCGAAACAACCGUUUGACCCGGCGUCAACGAGUUAAGAGGAAGGUUGCUUCUCGGAAGUGAAGCUCCGAGCCCGGCUGAUCCGUCAAGAUGGCACCCCGAGAUCCACUUCUGAGCGCCCUCAAAGUGUGCUUGUUGAACCUACAGUCUGAUGGUGGGCAGACGGUGACGGACAGCAACCCUCAGCUCACUUCUUGCUGCCAGCUUCUAGAGCUGCUCCUCAGGAAAGGACUCCAACAAUUCCUGGGGUGCGUGUGCGCCUUCUUUGCAGAACCAGUCCUCAGUCUGGUUACUAGAGACUACUGGCAAUGUUUUGAGCAGCUUCUCCACCAAGAUACAUGUGACAGGCUAUGUACUGUUGCAUGGGCCGUGGAACAGACUAAAUCCUGCAGGAAGCUGCUCUCAGCUCAGGGACGUGGCCGCUACCUGCUCCGAUUGGCUCUCAGUCGCAAGUUGCUGCCACAGUUCGUCACUCACCUCCUGCACACCCCCGGAGUUUUGGAGUGGUACAGCCCAGCCUUCUCAAUCCUGCGGAAUGAAGAAUUUUUAGAACCAUUCAUGUCCCUCCUGCUGGUUCUCUCUCACAUGGAGUUCGACCUUGACAUGGAGAAUUGCAGUUUUUUGGAUGAAAGCUGGCUUUUACCGGUGUGUGAGAUGUAUGAAGUGGUGCCGUGUCGACAGGUGGGCAUGGUCCUGAGCUACCUCGGUGGGCGCGUCUUCCUUCUGGACUUUAUAUCUGGCAGCCAGGCACAUGUUGACAAGUUUAUCUGCCGCGGUGACGUCAUUGACGAGAUCAACGGCACCUCUCUGAGAAACUCCAAGAACGGGCAGGCAGGUGUGGUUCUGUCGCGGCUGAAAGGCUGCCCCCUGUCCAUCCGUGUUGUUCGCUGGCGUGCGCGCGACGGUACAGUGUACCGACCUCUCGUUAAGAUGCUGCGGGCUUUGAGGAUAGAGAACCCGUGGCUCCAAGUCGGCCCUGCACCGUCCCAGUGGCCAGCUGCCAGUGUUCAGAGAACCUCUCCUCCAACACAGUGUCUCAAAGAGGGAAGGAUUGUGUACAUUGUCCAGUUCUUGGGGGCAAAAAACAUUGGCAUGUUUGGAACCAAGGAGGUGUUGCAACAUGCAAUUUUACACGUGUUAGAUGAAAACCUGCCAAGCAAGGAAGUGCUUUUAGAUUUGCAGGAAACACACUUAACGUGUACAGAGAGCAGCAGUAAAGAGACCCUGUGUGAAUAUCACUAUCCAGAGAUCUCGUGUGUUGGGAGAUACACAAAACCAGAUUACACAAUUUUAGGCUUUUGUGUGGUAAACCGACCACCAGAAAGCACCACAAGCUCCCAAACACGCUUCAGCUGUGUGGUGCUCAAAGCUGCUAGCACUAAAGAGUGUGAAGAAAUAGUUUGUCGCACAGCCACCGGUUUCAAGCACACAGAGUGGUCUGUAUGACAUGGAUGUAAUACACAGAGUGGUCUGUAUGACAUGGAUGUAAUAAACAGUCAAAACUCAAAA